CCUGCUGAACACUUCUGGUCUACCGUGCCCAUCCAACAUUGAUUGCACGAUCAUCAGCAUAUUGCAGGUGCUCAGCGUAUCUCUGUUCCAGUAUGUCCCGACAGCAAGGCGAUCGCAUGUGGGCAAGUUGGCAGGGUUCCUAUCAAGUUCUGCCAAUUAGAACUCCAUCAAUUCUUCUGGCACGUGAUCAAAUCCGCAUUUCGCUAUAUAAAAGCGGCAUUUGGAAACUGUUCUAACUUAUGUACGAUGUCUACCUCACUGUGAGUAACGAUGGGCGUUCGCGGGCUGCAAAAGCUCCUCUCACGGAAGAGGGAAGCUUCUAAGCAAAAAAAGAGGAAGAAACAUCGCGAGCAGAAUGGCUCGACCGUGUGCAACUACGAUCUUCGUGAGGGUGAUUCUGCCUCUGCCUUCAAUGAGUCCGCAGGCUGUUUGCUUGACGGAGACGUCUGGACAGUGGAUUCUGAUAGCGACGAGGAGGGACGAGGAGGAAGAGAAGGAACUGACGGUCCUGCAUCAGUUGCAGUGCCGUCGGGAGAACCCGAACUCAUACCCAACAACUCCAGACUGUAUGUGGACGCGUUAGGGUUUAUCUAUCACCUGUUCGCCAAGCAGGAAGGAAAGACGAGAGGCAGGAAAGAAGACUCACUACCAAGAAUGAACCGUGAAGGUCAUGCCUCCGGCUCAGCGCACUCGUUCCGUAGAGAGUAUGGCGGAGCUUACCGAGCCUUUGACAGCUUCGUACGCCGAGAAGUUCGAUACCUACAAUCACUCGGCGUUUUUGAGAGCAUUCUCUUCUACUUUGACGGGGAGAUGCUCCAGGCGAAGCAUGCGACGCAUGAGGAGCGAGUUCUGCAGAAAGAACAAAGGUGGAGCAACUUGUAUCGCUAUUUUUGCGGUCGGACCUCCACGCCGCCGGCUCAGGAAGUUUUCCCGAUGCCUCCGUUGAUCUUUGAGCAAUUCCUUCGAACACUGGAAGCUAUCACGCGUGAGAAUGAGCUCGAAGUUGAUCUUGCCGAUGAGUUCGAUCGCCUGACUAUCAGCCAGACCGCAGCAGGUGGCACAGUAGAAGAAAGCGUGUCUCCCUCCUCCUUUGCUUGUCCUACUGCGAAAAUUUCUAUCGUACAAUGCAAGGUGGAAGCGGACAUUGAGAUCGCUCGAGACGUAGAGCUCUGGAACGAACAAUCGUCAGCGUCCUCAUGCGGAGGAGCGUCACCCCCAGGCCGUGCCUACUGCUACGGAGAGGACAGUGACUACUUCCUGAUGCGAGGCUGUCCAUACAUCAGAUUUGGUCGCAUAUCAGAGCGCCAGCCAUUUAAUGCCGAUGGGUCGAAUGCAGUGCUUGUCAGCCACCAACCUCAUCACGUUGUGGCACUUGAGGUAUGGAGACGAGAGGAGGUGGCAGCGAUGCUCAGCUUGACCGAGUCUCAGCUGGUUGAACUCGGAAUUCUCAUUGGCAACGACUACACGAUGGAAUACUCGCGGUCUGAUCUGAAAGCGCGUAAGAUGCACAAGAACAACACCGAGGAGUACGCAGAGGUUGCGGUCCAAGUGCCGGAUGAACAUUCAAACGAUGCAAUCGAGGAGUUGCUCUCGAUAGUCCGUGAGGGAGGCGAAGGGUUCAAACUGACAUCAGACAAUCGCGACCUGCAGUCUGCCAUAGCUCUCUCCAGAGCCAUCUAUGAGCAUCAAAAGGACGAUUGGACGUUCAUCAUGCAGGCGCUGAAGGCGGACAGGACCUCUAACGAUGACGAUAAGGACGUUAAGCCUCCAUCAGGACUGGCGGACGCAUCAUCAACACGAGCCGAGGAAGAAGAUGAUGACGAUGAGGAAGAAGAAAACAGCGAAAGUGACGAAGCACAGUCCUCAUCAAUGUUGGGCCUCACGUCCGAGCAGCGACGAUGCCUUGAGUCGUGGGCAAGAGAUGAGACUUGGAAACGGAUAGCGAUGAGUCGAGGGGUCGCGCGCGCACUGCUCCAUCAGUUGACACAGCCGCUGACCUCCGCCGACUCGAAGACAAAAAGAGCGAUCUUCACCGUGUUUACUUCCACUCAUCUUGCAGCGUUGGACAGGAUGCUGGAGACGCUACAAAGUCCCACUGUCCUUGAUCCUGGGGAGAAGUUGCCCAACGAUGAACGCGACGACAGUGACGGCGCCUUCCUCCUUCGUAAUCUGAACGUGGCGCAUCCUCUCGACACCUUUCUACGACCAACCUGGCGAGACUUCCAGGCCGCUCACACUUAUCAACUGAUCCUGAGGCAUUUCUUUCGGCCGUCAACGAAGCGCAACAGGACACGGGAACUGCUCCACCCCUCUGUACCCUUUGAAGAUGUAGUGGGUCACCCACAGCACUAUUAUGAGGGAGAGAUCUUUCACAAGCUCAUGGUGCAGUUACACGUGGGCGGAGAUGAUGAGCCCUUCGCAGAAGAAGAGCCGUUGCCAGAAAGCCAUAGUGCAACCAACAGCUCCCCUUCAACGCCUAGGACAACAAGUGCCGAAUCGCUCCCUAUCGAUGCGUACCGGGAAGAGAUUCUCCGCAAAGUUCGAAGUGACCGCGUGACGAUUAUUCACGGGGAAACGGGAUGUGGAAAGUCCAGCCGGCUUCCGGUGAUGCUGCUAGAAGACGCUAAUGAACGUGGAGAGCGCUGCAAAAUCUACAUCUCACAACCUCGACGAAUCGCUGUGACAGGUCUCACGCGGAGACUACGUCCGGAGCUCGGCAAGCGUGUGGGCAUGUUGAUGGGCCACGGCAUUAGAGAUAUCUUCCAUGAAACAAAGAUCAUCUUCUCGACAACCGGCUACUUGGUGCGCUUGAUUGCAGGCAACAUCGGCGCACUCCAAUCGGCCACACAUCUGAUCGUUGACGAGGUCCAUGAGCGCUCAAUCGAUAGCGAUGUGAUCUGUCUAUUGUGCAAGCGAAUACUCCGGGAUUUGCCACAUAUAAAAAUUAUACUGAUGAGCGCUACGAUUCACACUGAGCUCUACAGAGCGUAUUUCUUGGGCAUAUGGCCUGGAAAUCGGUCUACCUCUUGUCGGAGAAUGGACGCUGCGAAUGACGAAGUAGACAGCGACAGCGACAAUGACGAUAACUUCUCUUCGCCUGACUCCAAGGACUUGGAUGAGGAAGUUGGUCUUGGGAGUGGACCCUAUGGUGACAUGAAAUGCUUGUCGGUCGGAGCAAAACGCUUUGAGCUCGACAUUUUGUAUGCCAGCGACAUCGCACAGAGGAUCUUCAAGGAGAACCGGGUGAUGAAGCGGCUCAGCAACACUAUCGAAGCAAUGACAGCGAAAGCGUCAGUGACGACGAUCCCGAGUGAGGGCAUAGCGAGGCAUCAGCUUCGAGUUGCAGAAGAGCUCAUAAGAAGGCACAUUGCUGUUGGCACUGGAGUUCUAGUGUUCCUUCCAGGCAUUUAUGCCAUCACAGAGCUCUGGAGCCUCCUCGAAGCCGAUUCGAAACUAAGCCUCUUCAUAGUGCACUCUGAGGUCCCGUUCGAGGAGCAAGUCGACAUCUUCUCGUCUGUUCCAGAUGACAAGAUCAAAGUGGUUCUUGCAACAAAUGCUGCGGAAAGCUCAAUUACAAUCCCUGAUGUUGAUGUUCUCAUAUGCCUUGGUACGUGUAAAUCGAUGCGCUAUAGCGAGACCCCGCACGAGAGCGUCCUCACUGGCAGGUGGAUAUCAAAAGCCUCAGCAACACAAAGAGCGGGACGCACGGGACGAGUGCGGCCUGGGACUGUAUAUCGUCUCUAUAGCGAGAAGUUGCAUAGACAGUUUCACGAGCAUGACACUCCGGAAGUGUUGCGCACAACUCUAGAAGAAGUGAUUGUGCAGUUGCUGGCGGCGUUGGAGCAUCCAGAUGACUUUGGCGGCAUCGUUCCCGUUCUGAGCGAGCUCAUCGAACCUCCUGAUAUCAGCAACGUGAGCAAGAGCCUGGGGCGCCUCUUGCACCUCAACCUUAUAGACGAGACUGAAAGGCUGACUCCCAGUGGACGGUUUGCUGGGCAGAUGCCUGUUUCACUGGAGCUCUCUCGUCUUCUCCUCUUCGGCAUUCUCCUUGGCAUCCCAACUGAGGCGAUUGUCCUUGCUGCCGUGCUGUCCGUUGGGAGAACGCCGUUCCGCACCGCCGUUCCGAUGAUCCACACAGAUGUGAAGGACUAUAACGAUAUUAUUCGGCAGUCGAUGACUGCUGCAGACGAGAUUGACAAAGGAUGCGGAUCAGAACCAAUUCUUUGGCUCAAGCUGGUCUCAAUGUGGUUUACAAUGUCAAAUGAGAAUGAAGCGACUGCCUGGGCAGUGCAAAAAGGCAUUGCGCCAAAACGGCUGAAGCAAAUGUCACUCUUGGCAGAGAGUUUGCAUCUCCGUGUAAGUAGGUUCCUCUUGGAAAACGUGCCCAACUAUAGGGACGAAGGAGCAUCAAGACAUGAAACCCAUCGGAGGAACGCGGAGUUUCCCCGUGGCCUUUUGCGAGAGCUCAUCUCGCUUAGCAAACUGGACGGCAAAACGCUAAAUCGCCUUAGACUUAUCCUCACAUGGACUUUUCCCGACAAACUUCUCUGUUCCAAGGCUCACAAGCUAAAGAAGAUGGCGAAGGCCACGAAACCUUUGCAGCAGCCUUCGAGAGUGGAAGAGCAGGAGUGGACAGCAUCUGCCUUUCAAAUGGAGCUUGAAAACGUUGCCGUCUCUGCAGAGCAGCUCGCAACACUCCUUCCUCAGCAGCCGCGCGACUUUGAGAGCUUUAACGGAUGGAAGCUGGAGCGGCUGUAUAAGCGGCUGUAUAGAGCCGAUAUGUUCAAGAGCAACUUGAACCACGUUGUAGCUGAUCUUUUGGCGGUCGGCAGCGACCUGGGAGUCCAAAUGUUCUGGGUCAUUAUGGACGUAGAGGGAUCAUCUGCCGUUGAGGACGAGAAGAGCGAAGGGAUAGCAGCCGCGAAGGUGAAGAACAACACGACACUAGCAUCUUCCAGAGAACUAAGACUUCUCAUAUCAAAAAAAUUUGGUAGAGCGUUAAAAGAAGGCACAGAGCCAGUUGCGGAUGACCAGAUGUCCCACUUAUUCCGUGCAGAAUUCUUAUCGUUAGUAUCAAGAUUAGGUCUUCAGGAGAUUGAGCUGAAGCUGCUCCCCACGAAGCAAGGCUACGAAACUUACAUUGCUAAGACUUCCACCGCAAGCUGCGCCCAAUACGACGUCUAUUCACGUACCGUUUCCUUCGCCACCGACGAUGAUGAGAAGCUUUUAAUAGCCUUGAGUUCGAGGCUGCCUUCCUCGUUUUAUCUCCAAAUACCUGCAGCUGGAAAGGCGCGGCUUGUUUGCACCGAUAUCCACAGUAUCACAGAGGAGAUGCUCCGCAGAAUUUUUUUCUUCCAAGGGAUUGAGAAGCGGUCAGAGCAGUCCAGUCACACCCAAACCCUUGAAGACGCUCUGCAAAUAAGGGAUGACUCCUUUGGCAUGGCAUCUUCCUUGGCGAAGGACACCACCAUCGAAUCUUCUGUUCUCUUGCAAUCGAGCGUCUUAACCGUCGCUUACAGAGCGCCGAAGACAGUUGGCGCUGGUGAGGCUGUGACUUGUCCUCUCAUACACGACGUCCCGCUCAGUUGUCGAGUUCUCUGGUCCAGCAUGAGAGGGAACCUCAAAGAUUGCGAACUGAGGCUGCCUGACUUGAAAGAAGACCGUGGAGGACUGAAGUCCUCUCCCGCACCACACUCACAACGGGUUGAAGGUUCAAAGAAGUCAAAUAAGGCCAACAAAGGCAAGAGCUCAGCGAAGCAAGAAGGGAAGUUGGGUCAAGAUCAAGACGGAAAGGCUGCGAUUCCAGCCAGCUUGACGCCAGUGAUAGCGACAAAAGUGCUUCCGUCAACCCCCGCCUGGCAGCGUCUGGGAAAGAUCACAACCUCUGAUGCACCACCCGCUCCUAGUGACUGUAGUAUCUCACGCAACUCUUUCUGUGGUGUAUCGGCCCACCUAGGCCGAGGUGCUCUCUUUGCAGUGGCCUCUUCCUUCGUACUCUUUGAUAACGGUAGAGUCAGGGUGAAUGAAGGUAUUACACUUCUUCCCCCGGGCCACCGGUGGCUAUCGCUGGCGCUGCUCUGCUUAGGUGUUAAGCAGCUACACCCGACACUGUUGAGACCAACGCGAAAGGGGCUGAAGCGUGAGAAAGAAGGUGCCCUUGAUGGUGUCUUUGAUUCUCCUCUCGACAGCACUGAUACCAGCCUCUGCGACCAAGUGAGAGGGCUUCUUAGCUUUGCAUUCCUUCCGUCGACCUUGGGGCCACAUUUGUUCGAGUGGAACUUGCCAUUGGUUGACACGAUCGAAAGGAUUUUCCAAGAGUGGGAACGUUGCGACGACAGGCCGACGCCUGUAAUCAACCGCCAGGAAGUAGAUACUCCACGAUGUGGGCUUUCUCCCUCUUCAGGAAAGCCCGCAGUGCCUUCUGCGACAGAUGACGAGUCGACACCGUCCGUCCCACCCUCCAAUGCUGCUGGUGGGGGCUUCAAGCUCUGCCCACUUUGCCAACAAAGUUUUCCCACCAUCUCGCUCUUGGUGAAGCACAUGAGAGUCAAAUCCACUCAUGGGCUGAAGAAGUCGGAGAUUGCCCUCGCUCUAUGGGGAUCAUUGACCCGCUGCCCACGCUGCCCGUCAAGCAGGACAAAGGUGUACCUCAGGCCCCAUCGACUUCGCAGUCAUCUUACCAGUCCAGCCCACGAAUUGACCGUGGGAGAGGCAGAAGUUAUCGUCGCCGAGGUUCUCCCCCCGAUCCCUACCGCAGUGCCUUCUGUCACAGAUGACGCAUCGAGACCGUCCGUCCCACCCUCCAAUGCUGCUGGUGGGGGCUUCAAGCUCUGCCCACUUUGCCAACAAAGUUUUCCCACCAUCUCGCUCUUGGUGAAGCACAUGAGAGUCAGAUCCACUCAUGGGCUGAAGAAGUCGGAGAUUGCCCUCGCUCUAUGGGGAUCAUUGACCCGCUGCCCACGCUGCCCGUCAAGCAGGACAAAGGUGUACCUCAGGCCCCAUCGACUUCGCAGUCAUCUUACCAGUCCAGCCCACGAAUUGACCGUGGGAGAGGCAGAAGUUAUCGUCGCCGAGGUUCUCCCCCCGAUCCCUACCGCAGUGCCUUCUGUCACAGAUGACGCAUCGAGACCGUCCGUCCCACCCUCCAAUGCUGCUGGUGGGGGCUUCAAGCUCUGCCCACUUUGCCAACAAAGUUUUCCCACCAUCUCGCUCUUGGUGAAGCACAUGAGAGUCAAAUCCACUCACGGGCUGAAGAAGUCGGAGAUUGCCCUCGCUCUAUGGGGAUCAUCGACCCACUGCCCACAGUGCCCAUCAAGCAAGCAAAAAAGGGUGUACCUCAAACCCCGUCAACUUCUCGAUCAUCUUACCAGCACAGUUCAUGAAUUGACCGCGGAAGAGGCAGAAGUCACCGUCACCGAGGUUUUCAACCUGAACCGGACCGAGGCUGUGCACUCACCGUAAGCGUUAGCACGACCAAAGUCAGCCGAAGGUUAAAAAGCGGAAGCCCAAUACGUCUAAGCGCAUACAAAUCUGUCCUCUCCAAUAUACGUUGCAUGCAAAAAGCGGAUUCUGAAAACGUGUUCUCUGUGUUGCAGGUAAACCUGAGCACAAGCCACCCGUCUUCUGAUGAGGGGCCCGAAAAACGUCCGAGCAGGAUAAAGGAAUUUGGGUGGCUGUCGAACGGGAAUGAGUGAUGUGACUUCCUUUUUUUGCGCAAAAUUGGAUAAAAAAUAGCAAGCCCGACAGCCUAAAGGGUUAGGGUUUGUGGUGGAGUUUGUAUUGCGGUUAGGGUUGGUCGGUUUCCAAAUACUAUUUCAAAUCAACAAGAGAUGUAUGCUAUAUGCUAUCCCAAGUAUCCCCCUUCGCCUUCGCUUCCCGUCGGCAGCAGCCGUAGGCAGGAUAUCGCCUACAUAAACCGUUGCAGAACUAGGAAGAGCUCCGCCUCCUUCUGCCAGAGUCAGACCGUCGUGGGCCAUUACUAACACCGGAAAACCUGUCCUGCAUCCGAGGAGUCAAAUCCUUGAAGUAUUUGUUGUUCACCGGAAAUUCUUCUCAAGGAAUCGGAAGAAGCUCAUGAGCCGUUGCAGACAGAACGCCGCCACCCUGCUCCAACCGCCGCACCGCGCGAUACGAAAGCCUGCUCCAGUACCUCCAUGCAUUCCAUGUCCAUUCCCUCUGCACCAACAACCAAUCAAACUUUCAAAUAAGGAAUGCCCGACGACGCACAGAUGGGUUUGGAGGAAGAAUUGGCCGAAUUUGCGGCGGUUUGCGAUGAAAACUCACGACAAGUGAUUGACCGAAUUGCUAAGGAUAUUCAAGACCGCUUGUAUAGGGAGCUUUGGGAGCUUCCUGAUCCGGAGCAAAACACCAAGUUCCAGCCUAGUGCCAUUUUCCAUCACCUCCACACUAUGCAUUCCAACAUGUACCCCAUGUCCACCCUUCUUCUCGAAACUCUAGUCUGCAUUACCCCAGGUUUUGGUUGUUACCAUAAAUAAAGCUGACAUGCACUGCACUGCACCAUGUAACAUUUCGUACUCACAUCCCCCGUUAGUAACAAAUAGCUAGAUAAAACAAGUAUCUUGAAAGCAAGUAAAAUGUCAGCCCCACUUGGAUGUGGAAGAAACAUGGCUAGUUAUCCCAAUUUCUAGUCAAACUGACGGACCCAUGUCUAAACAUGUGAAGAGAGAAUAAGUAACGAACAGCCUUUGCAAAUGAUCGGUGUGUGUACGUUUUGUGAUUUUAUGGGAUUGGCAUGGGAUACCAUCAUGGAGGGAUGUUAUCGAUAUCCAGCGAUUCAACUUCUCUAAUCC